AUGCGGCUCCCACUCCCGUUCGAGUGGGGCCGGAGCGACAGGAGGGUCCCCGCCCGACGCCUGGGCUGGAUGAGCCGCCGAGGGACGUGCUCAUCAGACCCCGCCCCGCACGGCCGCGCGGCGCUUAGAGCCUCCGGGCCUCACCCGCCGGCGCGGGCGGCGCUCUCCUUCCUCUUUCUAGUCCUCAGCCCCCCCUGCGGGGCGGGCAGGGUCCUGCUGAAUCCCAGUAGGCCCUGCCUGCCCGCGGCCUCAUCUCCCUGCGUCUACCGCCCGCCGCCCUCCUCCCCGGCCAGGGCCGGUCCACCGCCGGCCGGGAGGGAGUCGGCCGUCACGGUCCCCGCGGAGAAGGGCUGGGAGCACCCAGAUCACAGGGCGUGA